GACUCAGCUGAAAGAUGGCGGCCGGCUCGGGCGCUGCAAGCGGCCACGGAGCCCGCAGCUCCAGCACCGCCGCUCUGGAGGCGUCCUUGGACCGGCGGUUUCAAGGAGUAUCAAACACUAUGGAGUCGAUACAGGGACUUUCGACUUGGUGCAUUGAAAACAAGAAGCACCACGGCCUGAUCGUCCGCCACUGGGUGAAGUGGCUCAAGAAGUCCGACAACAAUCAUCGAUUGAAUCUCUUCUACGUCGCCAAUGACGUGAUCCAAAACUGCAAAAGAAAGAAUGCCAUUGUCUUUCGCUCGGCUUUCGCAGACGUCCUUCCCAACGCUGCUCUGCUCAUCAAGGACAUGAAGGUCCGGAAAUCAAUAGAAAGGAUCUUCACGAUUUGGGAGGAAAGAAGCGUUUAUCCUGAAGAGGUCAUCGGUCAGUUCAAAGCUAAUUUGAACAAAAAGGAAAAGGAGCGAGAGAAGCAGAAGGAAAAAGAAAAAGAGAAGGAAAAGGAGAAGGAGAAAGAGAAAGUAAAAGAGGCUCCAUCUGCAGUUGUCCCGGCCAAAACCAAAGCGGCCCUGAAGUCCAAAAUUGUAGCAGAGUUCACACCCCAGUCCCUCGUGGAGCAGCUGCUGAGCUACAAGCGAGCCGUCGCUGAAGAGGAGUUCAGGGAGAAGCAGCUCACAGCCCUCCGGGUGGACGUCUGCAGCUCCGAGGCCCUCAAGAGGCUUAAAGAUAAAGCAGGAGGGAACAAGUUCGCGAAGGACUUUGAGGACGGAAGUCUGAAGCUGCAGGAGUUUGUCGGAUUCCUGGAGACGGAGUUGAAAACGGGGCCGCCUCUGCUCGAGGCUCUGGGAAACGCAGACAUUUUCUACGAGAUGCAGUACAAGGAGGUCAAGAUCGUGGCCAAUGCAUAUAAUGCUUUUGCCAACCGUGUGGCCAGCCUGAAGAGGAAGCUGGAUUCUCUCAAGUCGACCCUCCCCGGGCCUGAAGACUCUCCCAUCCCCUCGCCAUCGGAAGAUGCCCCCUCGCCCUCCGGCUCCGACUCGCCCUUCCUGGGCGUGGUCUCUGGCAGAGCUCAGGUGGAUCCCGAGCUGGACGGGAAGGCCAUGGACGAGGCAGAGCUGCCGAGCGACAACAGGGACACGGAGGACAUGGACAUGUCUGACGAGGAGGCGGCGCCCGCUGCAGGAGGCGGUGACGACAAAGACAAGCCGUCCGCUGCUGUUGCAAAGACCGCAAAAACCGAAACGGCUGCAAAGUCUCCAAACCCGCCGGCAAAAGUCUCCAAACCCGCCGCUCCGGCCGUCACCUCGGCUGCCCCGGUCACUCCCACGUCCACUCCCACCACGAGCGCUCCCGCCGCCGCCGCCCCUCUGGGGGUCAACCUGGCCAAAGUGGACCUGGGGAAGAUCAGCUCCAUUCUCAGCUCCCUCACCUCUGCCAUGAAGAAUACAGGAGUCAGUCCGUCACCUCGGCCGUCUCCUGGGACGCCCACCACACCCGGCGGCCAAUCGUCCGCUGCCAAAGUGACGCCGCAGAGCCCAGCGCUGGCCAGCAUCCUGUCACGUGUCGACAUAACCCCAGAGGGGAUCCUCAGUGCUCUGUCUAAAACCAAUACACCAUCUUUGUCUUCUCUCCUGCAAAGUGUGACAAACAGCAGCUCGGCUCCUCCGACACGAACCUCCCCGGAAUCGACGAGCGUCAAAACCCCGAUAACCCCAGUUACCCCGGUUACCCCGACAACCCCGAAAACGAAGGCUCCUGUGAUCAAUAGCCUCAAGCGAGACACGCCGGUCAGGAACAGAGACUGGGAGACGGAGAGACAGCUGUCCCCCCCUCCUCCUCCUCCUCCUCCUCGCCCUUCAGCGCCGUCUGUCUCCCCCCCCAGUUUAGAAUCCAAGAUCAACAGUUUCUUGCAGGGCAACCCGGGUUUCAGCCUGGCGCUCGGGGACGUCAGUCCCGACGGGGUGGACGGGACGCCGGUGAGAGACGAGGCGGCCGGCACUCCGACCCAGGACGAGAUCAUGGACACGCCCGGGAGCGUGCCCGAGUCUCUGGGCUCCUCUGGAGGCCACGCGCUGUCGCCCACCGCCUACCGCAGCGAGCCCUGGGACGCCGUGAUCACGCCGUCGGGAAGCAACAGCGACGGGGACUUCCUGGGCUCGUCGUCUUCCCGGUACGGCGCCGGGAAGAAGAAACUGAAGGACGACGAAGCGAUGAGCACAAGGAAGACGGUGUCGUCCUCUCCCGCUAACGACCUGAGGGGGAAGAAAGACGAACACGGCCAGCUGAGGAUGCUGGGAAACAACAAAGUGAUGGGAGAGAGGAGGCUGUCCGGCGCCUCGCGUAAGACCAGCAUCGGCUCAGAUGACGGGAAAAGAGAGGACAAAGGAAAAGGUCAGGCGUCUCCAGGCGGAGACGGGAAGGGGGGCCAGUACCACCGCAUCGAGACGCUGGUGUCGCCCUGCACGGAGGGGACGCCCAUCCAGACUCUGGGCUACUCCAACCGGCCGCUCGCCGGCGAGCGCAUCAAGACAGUAGAGAGCAUACGCGUGAUUGGCCGAGGCUCGCGGCGAGGGGCGGGGGCCGGCGGCCGGCCGGGCGGAGCCAUGUGGUACGAAGAGGAGGAGUACCUGGAGGCGCAGCCUCCGUCGCCUCUGAACGCCCCCCCUCCUCCUCCCCUCAGCAUCCCCCAACGGGGCGCCGAAGACCUGAUCCCCCCGAUGCCCCCGCCCCCGCAUUUCCUCCUCCCGCCUCACCUCCACCCUCCGCCGGGCCACCCCCACCUGCACCUCCCCCCCCACAGUCCGUUCCCGGCGCCCUAUCACCCCGAGCACCUCCAGACCGCCCCGCCGCUCCACCACCAUCAGCCCCCCCCCACGCCCCCCUUCUUUGGCGCCCCCCCGCCCAUCCCUCGGCCCCCCCCUCCUCCUCCUCCCAUCCCGCAGCGGCGCUCCCCCCCGCCGGCUCACCCCCCUAUGCCGUCUGCCGUCAUGGUGGGGGGGGUGUUGGUCCCCAUCGACCGCCCCCUGUCGCUCCCUCCCCAGGUUAGGUCUGAAAGUGGCGAGCGGGGUGGCGGGGGGCAUCGGGGAAACAAGUCGGCCCCCCAGCCCCUAAUGCCCUCGCUGCUCGGUGAGCCGCCAAAGCACCCCCGGCCCGGCACGGUCAAAGAGCAUUUCGUCCCCCGCCACGCGCCCCCCCUGCACCGCCCCGGCGCCCCGGGCGUUCCUCCGCCUUUACUGGGGAGAGUCAAAGAGCCGCUCAGUCUCCACCUUCCCCCCCACUCCCCGACGUCCUCCACCCCCUCCCCCUCCACACCCAACUCCCCCGCAUUCGACACGGCGCCGCCGCCACCGCCGCCGCCUCGCUCCCUGCCUCAGCCCGGCGGCCCCCACGCCAGCCCUCCCCCCCAGUCCCGAAACCAGACCCCCAACCCCGUCCCCCUCCUCAACCUGCCCCCGAUGCUCCCCGCCCCCAUGCUGCAGAGGCCCCCUCUGCGGGGCAGAGCCCCCUCCCAGCACCCCGACCGCCACCACUCCGGCAGGGGUUUUCGCGGCGGGAAGCGGCCCGGCCCUCCGUUCGCCGGCGGCCCGUUCCACUCUCAGAAGAGGCCGUUCCUGCCGCCGCGCUACUGAGGCGGUCCGCCACCACGAGCCCGACGAGAGCCGCAAGCCACGCCUCUAGAAGUGCAGUGUGUGUUAGCCCUGCUGGUAUGAGCCCCGCUGUCUCUCUGUUCAUAAGCUUGAAUUAAAAACUACCUUAGGCUGUGUGUAAAUAGUUGAUACACAAAUAAAAGACGUGAUAGUCGUCAUGUUUCAGCCAGUCUUCUUACACUGUACAGUACAGCCGAGAGGUGAGCAGCUGCGUCACGCAGAGUGUUAUGUAACAACCCCCAGUCUACCAUUUUACUCCCAACUCUCCAGCAAGUGCGGUGGAAUGAGAGCGGAUAGUUUGUGCAGAAAGAAAACUGUUCUGUGUUAAGCUUUUGUAGUUUUACCUGAGGCAGUUCGGCGUUACGGGGAUGAUGUUUCCAGCUCUCUUCAGGACUCUUUCUUUACAGGGUCUGCACUCCUCUCUUGACACUUAGCUGAGCAUCAAGACUGGGAAUAAGUGAACAUACCUGUUGACCCCAUCCCUUCAAAUUAAAAACAAAGAGUUGUCUUCGGGUCGGACAGUUUUGAUGAGAUCCGAAACUCUGAUGUGCCACUGAGGUUUGAACAACCUCCAUCUGAAUCCCGUAUGAAUCCAAUAUGCAGAUGUUUCGGUUUCAUUGAAACCAAUUGGAACGCAAAGCAGGCGAGAUUGUUCACAUUUGAAAAAAUGAAAUUCUUGACUAGUUACGUUCCUUUAAACAUUUGCUAGAUGAUCAUUUUAUUCAGUGGCCACUGAGCCCUGCGCAUGGCUUUGUUGUUUAAGAUAUCGGUGAAAGUUACGUUACCUUGAUAACGUUCAUUUUGAUAAGAACACUGAUCAUUGGGCAGAAAUGAUCAGUUUCCUGUUAUAAAAUGUUUGCAGAAGUAUCUGCAGUCAGAAUUGACUCACUGUUAAUAUUUUGGUGUCUCCAGUGUUGAUGCUCAGAUAAGCUAAAGGUCUUCUGUCCUCCCUGCUUCAUCUUCACCAGAUAUGUUCUCUUUAAUCUUGGCAAGAAUGAGCACAUAACUGCCCGGAUGUCAAACCGAUCCUUUUUGAGCCACGUGUGAUCGAAGGGAUGAACAUGGGCUCCAAAGAGGUCUUUUCCUCCAUGGGUGUCGGGUGUGUGCUGUGCGUCCUGAAAUGCUGUUUCUCAUUUUAAAUGAUGGGGGGGGAAAUGUGUCGCAGCCGCGGCUGGAAACCUGCUGUAAAUUAUAUUCUUCUCCUGCUAAACCUUUUUUUUUCCCCUCCAUUCUUCCAUUUCUUCCAACUGUACAUUUCUAAGCUUGUAAAUACAAAGAGUGACUGAGUUAAUACAGCUUUUUUUUUUUUUUCUCUUCCAAGUUCUAAUUUCUGUGAAAGAGGACAGUACUCCUUACUUGCGCAGCCCGUCUUUACUGUGAUUGAGGCCUUGGAUAAGCGUUAAACCUGGAAGAAUCCCACAGAAGUAUCUUUCUGAACCCAUCGCACUGAAGAGGGUGAAGAAAAUCAGCAUUUUUUUUUUCUCUUUAAUUUCCCACUAUCUGUGGUUGUGGCCCGUGAAGUUAGAGAAAUGAAGGUAAUGGGUAGACGACGGGGAGACAUCACAGCUUUAACUGCACUCCUGGUAGGGUUCACCAUGUACGGACUUGAAUAAAAUCCGCAGUUUCAAUUCAACCGGCGGGGGGGAAAGGUAUUUUAUUUGGUCAAUAUUUCUAACUCGAAUUUUGCUGUUUUAAUCAUUUUUGUGCUGUUCCGCUGUAUUUUCCUACCUGUUUUCAGCUUCUUUUUUUUUUUUUUUCCCUGAGUAUUCACACAGUUGCUGCCAUUUUCACUUUAAAUUUACAUUUAAUACCUUUUUUGCGUUGUUUCCUUACCGGAUAAGAUGAGCAAAUCUCCACGAGCAGGCACAGCACAUGAAAUUUGAAGGAUAAUCAUUUCUCCAGAAAGUUUAUUUAAAUCCUCCAGUUGUUUUGAGCUCCUUCUCUGCAUCGUUUCUUUGCCAAUUUCUUGCUUCUGCCUUCAAACCCCUGAAAAUGGCUUCAUCCAGACACAGUCCUGCACCUCUCAACAUGAGUGAGGUGCAGCACAGUGACGGCAAUCCUCCCUCCCCCCUCUUGUUGCUAUAAUGCAACAACUGUCAUUUACCCGCACAUUUAUAGAUGCAGGCCGAGUCUCUCCUGUGUUUUGAUUUGAGUGUGUGAAGUCUCCUGUUCUUAUUCACAGUUUAAAAUGACACUUCAUCAUGAAAACUUUCCUACGUUAAUAGAGCUACGGCGUUCAUUUGUCACAACAGUGUUGAGCACUUCAUCGGUGUUUGGAUGAAUGUUAAACAACGUCUGUUACAACGAUGCAUGAACUCUUAUCACUGCAGUCGCACAUCAGAGCAGCUCAUAAUCCCAUCAGAUCGCAGUGUCCACAGAGAGAAAGAGGAUAAUAAACAUUCAAGCAAAGUCGAUUAUCUACAGUUAAGCAUUCAUGUAAACGACCUGUUUCUCACCUCGAAUAACUGACACGGUUGAAGCUGAUGAUGUGAUGAUUUUUUUU